AUGUCGCGUCACCACCCUGAUCUCGUUAUGUGCCGCAAGCAACCCGGUAUCUCUAUCGGCCGACUUUGUGACAAGUGUGACGGAAAAUGCCCGGUCUGUGAUUCCUAUGUGCGCCCUACCACCCUUGUCCGUAUCUGCGACGAAUGCGCCUUUGGAAACUACCAGAACAAAUGUGUGGUCUGUGGCGGUGAGGGAAUCAGUGACGCCUUCUACUGCUUCGAAUGUACGCGACUGGAGAAGGACCGAGACGGGUGCCCGAAAAUUAUCAACCUGGGAAGUUCGAGGACGGACUUGUUCUACCAAAAGAAAAGCUUUAGGAAUCAUUGA